UUCGCGAAUUUUCGCUUGGUUUGUUUUUAGGUGGAUUAAUUUAUGUUUAAAAAUAAUUAGGUUGAAAUAAAAGCAUGUCCGCGGAGUCUUCAGCCAUGGACUGUGCCAAGAGCAGUGAGGGAAAAGUGGAGGAAGUCCAGGAUACGCCUGUGGAGGAGGGGAAACCAGCCGGGUCGCCGGCGGCAGAGGCAAAAAGAUUGGCUUCUCCUGUGCCGGAUGAACUGGCGGAAAAAGCAGCAGAUGAUGUGGAUAUGCAGGACCUGACCCUCGAAGAUCCAGUUCCCGCUCCCAGUGAUGCAAUGGAGGCGACGGAGUCAACCGGUGAGGAGCGAAAGGAGGAGGAAUCAGGGGAUUCUAAGGAGGUGGAGGAACCCAAGGAAUGUAUCGAUAUUCCCAGCAGUCCGGUGCCCGAGGAAGAUCUAGGAGAUACAGAAAUCACAGCGGAUAAGCCUCCUCUGGAAGUGGAUUCGGACAGCAGUGUGGAGCUCAUCGAGAGUCCAGCCAAGUCGCCCUCCUCCAACGAAAGUGCGGCAGAUGUGCCCAAGUCGGAUGAAGUGGAUGCGGCCAUGGAACCAAAGGCCAAGGGGGCCGAGGAACUGGCUGACAGCAGCAUCGAACUGAUCAGCAGUCCCACAUCCGAGAGUUCUCCCGAAAAAGAUGGGGAAUCUAAGGAAAAGGAGGCGGAAAAGGAGGAGGAGGCAGAGAAGGAACAGAAGGAAGAGCACCAAGAAGAAGAUUGGCCAAAAACAGAUGAGCGAAGCAUGGAGGUGGACCAGGAGGUUACCCUUAAACCUACAGCAGAUCAAUCCGAAGAUGGAGCUGAAGAUCCAAGCGUUACUCCCAUGGAAAUCGACAAGAAAGACGACAUCCUGGAGGUGGAGCUGGAAAAGACCACAGAGGCUCCAAAAACCACAGAGGAUGAACUGCCCUCGGAUGGCGACAUCUUCUACGGCAAGGACUGCGUCAACUGCAACUGCAAGAGGCUCCACAAACAGUUCGUGCUGACCAGCAUGGGCACCUUGAAUUUCUACAAGGUGGUCAGGAAGACCUCCAGGCAGCAGUUCCUCUGCAUGGGAUGCCACGACACCGCCAUGGACUUGUAUGAGGAAUAUGCCGGACAACUCGUAGAGAAACAGCCGCUGCUGCUGAAGGACUUCCAGCAGGAUCACGCCGACUUUGUGGCCCUGGACAGCAGCGACGAGGAGGAGGAGGAGCAGCCAGAUAAGUCGGAGUUUUCCACCAGCCAACUGCAACUGAUUGAAGAUGAGCUGGAAGAUGCCAUCAAGAGUGUGCUGCACAAGGUGGAGUUCAGGAACCAGAUGGCCUGGUCAAAGACCAUUCUGCAGGCCAAGGCGGACCACCUGGAGCGGCAGUUUGCCCUGGCAGAUGCGGAACUGGAGAAGGUUCAGAGCACGGCGGACAAGAUGCACUGCGCCCUGUACAAUUCCUGUCCAGUGGUGCACAAGAAUCUGCCCGCUUUGGAGCUCGAGUCCAGUGUGAGUGACUAUGUGCAACAAGUGCCGCCUGCUGGCGAAAUCGUGCGGCCGCCCAUCCAACUGGGCGAGACCUACUAUGCGGUGAAGAACAAGGCCAUCGCCAGCUGGGUGUCCAUCAAGGUGAUAGAGUUCUCCGAGAGCACCGCCAUCAACGGCAACACCAUGAAGAGCUACAAGAUCAGGUACCUCAACACGCCGUACCAGAUGAUGAAGAUGGUGACGGCCAGGCACAUGGCCUACUUUGAGCCCCCGCCAGUGCGGCUGACAAUUGGCACCCGUGUGAUUGCCUUCUUCGACGGCACCACCUUGUCGCGCGGCAAGGAGAAGGGCGUGGUGCAGAGCGCCUUCUAUCCCGGUAUUAUUGCCGAGCCACUGAAGCAGGCCAACCGCUUCCGCUACCUGAUCUUCUACGACGACGGCUACACGCAGUACGUGCCGCACCGCGACGUCCGCCUCGUCUGCCAGGCCUCCGAGAAGGUGUGGGAGGAUGUGCACGCCGGCUCGCGCGACUUCAUCCAGAAGUACGUGGAGAAGUACUCCGUGGACCGGCCCAUGGUGCAGUGCACCCGCGGCCAGAGCAUGAACACCGAGUCCAACGGCACCUGGCUGUACGCCCGCGUCAUCGACAUCGACUGCAGCCUGGUGCUCAUGCAGUUCGAGGGCGACAAGAACCACACGGAGUGGAUCUACAGGGGUUCUUUGCGCCUGGGGCCUGUUUUUAAGGAGACCCAGAACACCAUGAAUAGCUCGAGCUCCCAGCAGAUGCGGGUGCCAAGGCGCACGGAGCCCUUUAUUCGCUACACCAAGGAGAUGGAGUCCAGCAGCCAGGUGAACCAGCAGAUGCGGGCCAUCGCCCGCAAGAGCAGCUCCUCGGGGCAGAACGCGGCAGCGGCCACAGCGCCCGCAUCCUCGCCAGCCACCUCGACCGCGGGUCGAGGCAGCAGCGCCAGCACCAGCGUGAAGCACCUGAACAACUCGACCAUCUACGUGGACGACGAGAACAGGCCCAAGGGCCAUGUGGUCUACUUCACCGCCAAGCGGAACCUGCCGCCCAAGAUGUACAAGACCCACGAGUGCAACCCCAACUGCCUGUUCAAGAUCGUGCAUCGCCUGGACAGCUACAGUCCGUUGGCCAAGCCGCUGCUCUCCGGCUGGGAGCGCCUCGUGCUGCGCCAGAAGACCAAGAAGUGCGUGGUCUACCGGGGACCCUGCGGCAAGAGUCUGCGCAACCUGGCCGAGGUGCACAUGUACCUCCGCUCCACCGAGAACGUGCUCAACGUGGACAACUUUGACUUUACGCCGGAUCUGAAGUGCCUGGCCGAGUAUUCCAUUGAUCCCUCGAUCGUGAAGGACACGGACAUUUCGAAAGGGCAGGAGAAGAUGGCCAUUCCGCUGGUCAACUACUACGACAACUCGCUGCCGCCGCCCUGCACCUACGCCAAGCAGCGCAUUCCCACGGAGGGGGUGCACCUGAAUCUCGACGAGGAGUUCUUACUAUGCUGCGACUGCGAGGACGAUUGUUCGGACAAAUCCAAGUGCGCCUGCUGGCAGCUCACCGUGGCGGGCGUGCGGUACUGCAACCCCAAGAAGCCCAUCGAGGAGAUCGGCUACCAGUACAAGCGGCUGCACGAGCACGUGCCCACCGGGAUCUACGAGUGCAACUCGCGCUGCAAGUGCAAGAAGAACUGCCUCAACCGGGUGGUCCAGUUCUCGCUGGAGAUGAAGCUGCAGGUGUUCAAGACCUCCAACAGGGGAUGGGGCCUGCGCUGCGUGAACGACAUCCCCAAGGGCGCCUUCAUCUGCAUCUAUGCGGGUCAUCUGCUCACGGAAACGAUGGCCAACGAGGGCGGCCAGGAUGCCGGGGACGAGUACUUUGCCGAUCUGGACUACAUCGAGGUGGCGGAGCAGCUGAAGGAGGGCUACGAGUCGGAGGUGGACCACUCGGAGCCGGAUCCGGAGGAGGACAACGGGGGACCCGACGCCGAGGACGACGACGACUUCCGGCCGAACUACCACUACCAGCGCAAGAUCAAGCGCACCUCCAGGAGCAACUCCACGCAGAGCAGCGAGUUGGACUCGCAGGAGCGGGCGGUGAUCAACUUCAACCCGAACGCCGAUCUGGACGAGACGGUGAGGGAGAACUCGGUGCGGAGGCUUUUCGGCAAGGACGAGGCGCCCUACAUCAUGGACGCCAAGACGACGGGCAACCUGGGUCGCUAUUUCAACCACUCGUGCAACCCCAAUCUCUUCGUGCAGAACGUCUUUGUGGACACUCACGACCUGCGGUUUCCCUGGGUGGCCUUCUUCUCGGCCGCCCACAUCCGCUCCGGCACCGAGCUGACCUGGAACUACAACUACGAGGUGGGCGUGGUGCCCGGCAAGGUGCUCUAUUGCCAGUGCGGCGCCCCCAAUUGUCGCAUCCGUUUGCUCUAAGUCCACAUUUAAUUUUAACUUUAAGUGAAAUUGUACAAUUAAAAACAAAUUGAAUUCCAAGGUUGAAUAGUACCCGA